AUGCCGAAAAGUCGCGCAGAAAUUCAAAAAGCAUAUAGAGAAAGGAAGAAGGAAAAAGAUAAGAAUUUUGAAAAAAGAGAAUCGGAGCGCGUUUUGAAAUAUUAUCGACCAUCUUCAGAACUAAGUUCCCAGGAAUUAGCGGAAAGAAGGGAAAAGAACAGAGAAAGCAAGCGUAAAAGUAGGAAGAGGAAACGGACCUCGCAAGAAGACAAGGAUGAAGAUCCUCCAUUGAAAGUAAAAAUUGCUGUGCGUCAAAGCGCGAAAAGGCGGAAAUUUUUAAAGGAAAAAAACAAGAAAAUAGAAAUGCUAGAAGACCGUAUAGCAAGCCUCGAGAAGAAAAACAAGAAAAUCCAGAAAAGAAAUGAGAGGCUCAUCAAGGCUCAAGAUAAACGUGCUAACACUGCCACCGAUCAGAUGASUCCCAGAUCGCGAACACAGGCACAAAUAAAGGAGGCAGGUCUUAAACCAAAGGAGUUUCCAGACUCAUUGAAGAAAAGGCUUAUCUUUUCAAACGUGCUUACAGAUGAGAUUCGURAUACUGCAAAGAAGAACAAAGGAACAACUGGAUCGAGGACAGUUCGAAAUGUUAUUAGUGGUAGGAUUGCCAAGAAAUACAAGGUGAUAAGCUAUAUGAAUAAAGAAAUGGGGAUCUCGAGAAACCACCUACAGAGAGCUAAAAACAAGCGAUUAUUUGUCACCAAGAAAGCGCGUCUUCGUGAAGCUCGGGAACACCUUAGAAAAAGCGUUGUCUCCUUUCUAGAGCGCGAUGAUAAUAGUCGUAUGAUGCCUGGAAAAAAUGAUGCUAAAAAGUGUGGAGCUAAGAAGGUACAAAAGAGAAUUCUGAGCGAUUAUCUUUACAACCUGAGGGUCAAAUACCUGGCUGAAAAUCCGACAGUUUCCUUUGCUUCACGUGACACCUGCCUCUGUCAAAAGCAUCAGAACAUGGCGCUACUGAUCCGUCCUCUCAAAAACAAGAAGAUGAUUACGAAUGGUAACCCUGAUAUGCUUAUAAAAGAGAAAAAUGACGAGGAAGUGCUGGAAAUUUUGUCAACUCUGAACAAAGAUGAUGAAAUUAUUUAUGAUCAGUGGGUAAGAGUCGAGGAAGAAGGGAAAAAAAGAAUGAAAAUAAUUUCAACAAAAGCGAAGAAGAAAGAUUAUAUAAAGAAAGUAGUUGAUGACGUGAAAAAAUUCCGACAACAUGUGAGCCGUCAUCAUGAGCAAUAUAAACAGUUGCGUCAGCUGAAAUGUAACCUUCCCGAUGGUCAUGUAAUCCUCCAGAUGGAUUUUGCCGAGAAUUACUGCUGCCAGUCCUGCGAAGAAAUACAAAGCGCAUUUUGGAAUGGGCCAACAAUGGUAUCGCUACAUCCAGUAGUGGCCUAUUAUAAGAAAGAUGGCCAAGAAGAUCUCCAGCAUGCCAGCUUUGUCUUCAUUUCAGAUGAGCUCUCUCACAAAGCCACUGCCGUCUACACAAUCCUCUGCAAAUUGAAUCCACAUCUGAAAGAGCUGCUCCCAAACAUUGCCCAUGCCCACUACUGGACUGACAGCCCUACGUCGCAGUACCGGAACAAAACAAUCUUCGCAAUAACAGCCAACCAUACUGCGGAGUUUGGGUUUCCAGCUACGUGGAACUACUUUGAGGCAGGCCAUGGAAAGGGUCCAUGCGAUGGAGUAGGGGGCUGUGCCAAGAGGAUGGCUGAUGAAGCCGUAAGAAACGAAAAGGUUGUAAUAGACGAUGCCCAAAGUUUCUUUGCUUGGGCAAAGGAAGCAUCUUCAUCUGUGAGGUAUCUAUAUUACACCAAAGACGACUAUAAUUCCGCGUCUGAGGCAUUGAGUAAGUACAGCAACGUUGAGACAGUUCCUGGAACAAUGUCCUUUCAUGCUGUUGCUUCUACAAAUCCAGAGAAGAUCAUGGCAAGGUCAACUUCCUGCUACUGCUCAGAUUGCCUUCAAAAUCCUCAGCAGAGCCAGUGUACUUGGAAAAAGUUCACCAUUUCCCAACCCAGCACGUCAUCAGUUCAAAAUGAGCUUACAUUGAAGACAGGAGAGUAUGUUGCUGCCGUGUACGACAGGGAAUGA